AUGCAACGGAUUGAAGCUGCUAUCGAAUGUGCAAUUAAAUCCCGAAAGUACGGAGCACUGACUACUGAAACGUUCGGAUUGGCUCGUUCGCAGGCGAAAUCAGCUCUUCAGAAGGGUCUGAAACCGUUUCCUGUUGUUGUGAAGGACUGCUUUGCGGUUGCUAAUCAUCCAAUGACGUGUGCUUCGAAAAUGCUAGAAAACUAUGUGCCACCUUACACAGCUACUAUUGUUCAGAGACUUAUCAACAAGGGAGGCUGUAUAAUUGGGAAAGGAAACAUGGAUGAGUUUUGUAUGGGCACUUCUAGCGCGUUAGGCCACUUUGGACCAGUGAAGAAUGGUCUUACGGAGGAUGUUGAAGCUGAUUGGUUUAUACCAGGAGGUUCUUCUGGAGGGCCGGCGGUUGCUGUUCAAUUAGGAAUCGCUGAUGUUGGCCUUGGCUCGGACACUGGCGGUUCGUCGAGAAACCCCGCAGCAUUUACUGGACUUUUUGGGUUUAAACCGACCUAUGGAGUACUUUCACGUUAUGGUCUCGUACCAUUGGUAAAUUCCUUGGACUCACCUUCUAUACUUUCUAAAAGUGCCAAGUCUUGCUGGGCAUAUCUCGAAAGUAUGCUGGGUAUAGAUGAGAAAGAUCCAACUUCUGUCCAUUUGCCCUCUUCUAGUGGUUCGCCUUCUGUGAAAAACCUACGAAUUGGUAUACCGAAGGUAAUUUCACUUACAAUCGUUCGGCUGUUUCCAACGUUGUUGGACGCUCAGGAAUAUCACAAUGAGUUCCUUACUGAAGAUGCUUGGCGUGUAUGGAACCAUGCUGCCAAUGUUCUGCAACGAAAUGGAGCAACAGUUCUUCCAGUAACACUUCCCCAUACAAAGUAUUCUUUAUUGUGUUACCAGGUCUUGUCCGCUGGAGAUAUAGCGUCUAAUAUGGCACGAUAUAGUGGCCUCGGAUACGGAUACCGAUCUCAGAACGAAUCGUCAGCCUUUAGCUUGUAUUCAUCUUCACGAAAUGAGGCCCUGAAUGUCGUUGUAAGAGAACGAAUCAUGGCUGGAAACUACUUCCUAAUGAGAGAGAAUCGACAUGAGUUCUUUGAUUGCUCACUACGAGUCCGGAGGAUCAUCGCCUCGGAGAUUCUUGAGGUGCUGAAAUCGGUAGACAUGUUGUUGACGCCUACAGCCAGGGGACCUCCUACUCGAUUCUCGGAAUUGCGAAGGAGUCAUUAUGAGCGAGAGAAUCAGGAUGAUUUCUAUACGCAACCGGCCAAUCUUGCAGGACUGCCCGCUAUCUCUGUUCCAUUUGGAAAGACAUCUGAUAAUCUUCCUAUUGGAGUUCAGUUGAUUGGGAAUCUCCUUCAAGACAAGCUCGUGUGCGAUGUUGCCCAACUUUUGUACGAUGCCGUACGAGAGUCAUAG